AUGCGUCUAAAGCGGGGGAUAGAGCGUGCAUCAUGCGACUUUUGCCAUCGGCGGAAAAUCAAAUGUGACCGCGCCUCCCGUGCGGCUGAGGGCAUUAUGACCUGUUCGCAAUGCGCUCUUCGCCAGGCGGCGUGCCUCCUCGAUGACUCCGAUGAUAUUCGGAUUCAGAGACGCAGGCGAAUCGGAACAACAGACAUGGCCUUGGCUUCGGGCUCGCCAAAAUCACGCCCCAGUCAGAGGCGCCAAGUGCGAAGGGGCGAACAGCAAACACAAACACCGGGUGCCAUAGCUGUGGAGAACGAGAACGACACUUCUCAUAACACGCCAGGCGGUAGACAGACUGUUGAUUCAUCCUCACAAUCCCCCCCUCAGUUCUCUGUGGAUUUUGGAUCCUCAUUUACUUCGCCGUCGGAGGUGAUUAAUGGUUCAAUUUCCCUCCAGGAUGAGGGUCCCGACUUUCUUUUCCUUGAUUCUACCUUAGGGCUUAGCGCAGAUAGUGUCUCAUUCCUCGAUCAGAUCUUCAUGAGAGACUACGAGUUGCCACUGGAAGACAAUCAACUGCCACGAGUAGUUGACCAGAACCAGUCGAGCGGUGCGACAGAGCGCUAUGCCGUCGAUCCAUCACAGGCAACACCAACAAGCGCCUCUCAGUUUGACCACGGAAUGCAUGAGGCACGGCGGUUGAAUUUAAAUCUUGACUCGGAUACUUUUGAGGCAGCAUUGCAUGCCUACUUUGACUUUGCUGCCCUGUGUCUACCCGUCCUUCUUGAGGAUGCAUUCUGGGAAGACUAUCGCGCUGGCAGGUGCAGCUUUGCGCUAUUAUUCGCCAUUGCCUGCCGUGGGAUACCGUUCACCACGGUUGUAAACAAAUGGGACGUGCAGCAACAACUUGCCCACCAGUUUAGAGAGGCGUUCUUUGAGACCCAGAAUUCAGCGACGAACCAAGGGUCAAUACGCCUUGAUGAUCUCGAAGCAUUGGCACUGAUGGUUAAUUUUGAGUACGACAAUGCACAAAAUUCCUGCGUCACGCAGUAUGGCAUCCAAGAUCGAUUCACGAUUGAGGGCGAAAUGAUCACUUGCCGUGUUGGAUACGAGACACUCCGCGCGGUUUACGACAUUGUUGAUAUCUCGGUAUGGGCCAAGCAGGAUAGGAACCAGGGCGCCGAACUCGGGCAGAAAUCUCUGGUUGAUCUCGCGCCGCAGGUGACCUUUCAUCUGGGCCAUAGCGACUUCGGUGACUUCGUGGGCAACACGUCCUCGGUGUCAAUCACCACCAUGUCGACUGAGGAUAGCGAGGAAAUCCCUUUCUUCAACUUCCACUUCACUUCACCAUUUCUCAAUGAGACGGCUGGAAGCACGACGAAUAUCACGGAGGAUUCGGUGUAUCGCAUUGGCAGUAUAUCCAAGCUCUUCACGGUAUACGCGCUGCUGUUGAACUUCGGAAGGAAGCAUUGGGAUAAUCCUGUGACGGACUACAUUCCUGAGUUGCGCGAAGCGGCCCAGCCGGGGAUGGAAAAUCCCGUUGAUCUUGUUGACUGGGAAAGCAUAACUCUCGGGGCUAUGGCAUCACAACUUUCCGGAAUUGGGCGAGAUUAUGCCAAUGGUGACUUGGCUAGCCAGAACUUCCCCUGGGAGCAGGCGGGGCUACCCAGUCUGCCCAUGGAAGAUAUCCCUUCCUGUGCGGGCAACGCGAGUCUACCGCCGUGCAAUCGCCAAGAGUAUUUCCAAGGGUUCACCCAGAGACAGGCUGUUUUUCCUCCCGAUACGACUCCCGUAUAUUCAAAUGCUGCAUUUAGAAUCCUGGGAUACGUUCUUGAAGCACUCAGUGGCACGUCAUACUCGUCGCUUUUGAGGUCGUCGGUUCUGGAGCCCCUCAAUCUUAGCCAGUCAAGCUCACAUCGACCGGAGGGCAAGGGACCCUGGGUUAUUCCAAAUGGCGAUAGUGGCUGGUUCCAAGAUGCCGGCGAUGAGGCCCCGACUGCUGGGAUGUUCUCUUCUUCUCGCGAUUUAGCGGCUUUCGGUCGCGCUAUCUUGGCCAGCAAGCAACUCUCAGCACUCGAUACAAGAAGGUGGAUGAAACCUAACUCGCACACCAGCUCUCUGGUUUUCUCAGUUGGAAGUCCUUGGGAAAUAUGGCGCGCGAAAACGAACAUCACCGAAGGCCGCGUUGUCGAUCUCUACGUCAAGUCCGGAAGCAUUGGGAACUACAACUCUCUUUUAAUUCUUGUCCCCGACUACGGAGUGACGGUAUCUAUUCUCACGGCUGGCUCGAGUAGUGGCUCCCCCAUUACGAUUGCUGCGGAGUUGGUCAUGCAAAAGUUGCUUCCUGCUUUGGAAAUGACGAGCCUCCAUCAAGCAUGUAAGAAACUCUGCGGGACCUACACAGCCGCCGACCCGAAGCAGAACUCGUCGCUGGUAAUUGUUGCCGACGACAAGAAUCCUGGUCUUCUAAUCAGGCGCUGGAUAAGUCAUGGCGUUGAUCUAUACGCAACAGCGCAAGCCUUUGCGGAUGAGACUGGCGGUGGUCAACUCACUGCAAUUCGCCUUCAGCACACCAAUCUCGAGUCUACGUCCUGGGGCAAAAAGAGACACCACGCCCGGAACACUCGAGUUUCUACAUAUCGGGCUAUAUUUGAAACCCACAAUCCCGACGUUGCACACACUGGACCCCGCAUCUUUGAUCCUGAUGCUCAUCAAUGGUCCACGAUAGACUCUCUUAUGUACGGCGAGGUGGCUGCUGAUGACUUUGUCUUCUACCUGGAUCAUCAAGGCUUUGCAACUGCGAUCGAACCACGUGUUCUCAGGGAGACUUUCCAUAGGGUGUUGUAA